AUGUCGCACCAGAACAAUAAAUGCCCGAAAGAAGAACCGGAUCUUGAUAUCUUUGUUUGGAAGGCAGUAAUAGUUUCAGGAUUAAGUGGACCGGAAAACUUCUAUGGCAUGGUCUGGGCGAGAUCCGAUUCUCAUGUUCAAGGUGUUGCUUUCUAUGGAUUGAUUAUUGGUAUGAGAUUAUUGAUUCGCUCAGGUAUUCUCAGGCGUGUCAAUCAAGGAUAUUUGAAUGGUUAG